AGUUGAGUGAAACAUUUAAAAAUUAAUAUGAAAAUACAGAAUUUCGACAGUAAUUUACUAAGACUACAAACUCUUUUCUAUAUCUAGAGUGAUUUGUCGAUUCGAAGACUUCUCUGGUCGUUUAGAUUUUGAUCAUAAUAUGCUUAUUUACAAAUACAAGCUUGUUUAUGUUUAUCGACGGUUAAUUUCUUUUUUUAAAUAAAAGACAAAUUAUUAAAUUUGUGAUGAUAAUUAUUUUUUCAUUUCUUCGAAUUUUUCGUUUCCUUAUUGAGCUAGAAGAAGGAUGAAUUUUGAUGUUUGAAUGAUCGAUGCAUUUUACAAAAAUGGUUUGAAAACAAUGUUCAAUAGAAUCCAAAAAUUUAUAUAAAUCUUUUUUUUUUGUUAAUUUUAGACUAUGUGAUGAUGAUCAGGAUAGAGAUGAUACACUAACUUCUCGAACAUUUUCAAAUGGAUACUUUAAAUGUUCAUCUGAUCAUUGUAUAAAUAAUACAAGUCGUGGUGACUAA